AUCCACCUCACACGAGGCACGAGUGCACCCAGCACCAGCUGAUCAGGACACGCAAACAUGAGUCCAGGGAGAGCUUCAUCUGUGUCUCUGAUGCUGUUGCUGCUGCUGAGCCUGGCGGCUACAGUGAAGGCAGCAGCGAUCGUCCCUCAAAGCUCAGCAUGUCCAAACACUGAGGCCAAGAACUUCCUCCAGAAUGUGAAGGUCAACCUCAAAGUCCUUAACUCCCUUAGCGCAAAAGUGAGCUCCAGAAGGCCCUCAGACUACCUCAACCGUUCCACGUCACCCUGGACUCUCCACCGCAAUGAAGACCCCGAUAGAUAUCCCUCUGUGAUCUGGGAAGCUCAGUGCCGCCACCAGCGCUGUGUCAACGCGGAGGGAAAGCUGGACCACCACAUGAAUUCUGUUCUCAUCCAGCAAGAGAUCCUGGUCCUGAAGAGGGAGCCUGAGAGCUGCCCCUUCACUUUCCGGGUGGAAAAGAUGCUGGUGGGUGUGGGCUGCACCUGCGUUGCCUCGAUUGUCCGCCAGGCAGCCUAAACAGAGACCCGAGGCUGACCCCUAAGAAACCCCCACGUUUUCUCUGCAAACUUACUUGUAUUUUUAAAACAGUUCGUGCUAUUGAUUCUCAGCAAGGAAUGUGGAUUCAGAGGCAGAUUCAGAAUUGUCUGCCCUCCACACUGAAAAGAAGGGGUAAAGGGGUCCCAAACUGCUUCUUGUUUGUUUUUCUGUGGACUUUAAAUUAUUUGUGUAUUUACGAUAUCCCGAGAUAACUUUGAAGCGUAACUUAUUUUAAUGAAUUAUCUACAUUAUUAUUAUGUUUCUUUCUGAAGAAGACAAAAUUCAAGACUCGGAAAUUUUAUUAUUUAAAAGGUAAAACCUAUAUUUAUAUGAGCUAUUUAUGAAUCUAUUUAUUUUUCUUCAGUAUUUGAAGUAUUAAGAACAUGAUUUUCAGAUCUACCUAGGGAAGUCCUAAAUAAGAUUAAAUAUUAAUUGAAAUUUCAGCUUUACUAUUUGUUUAUUAAAGGCUCUCUCCUCUGAAUGGGGUGAAAACCAAACUUAGUUUUAUGUUUAAUAACUUUUUAAAUUAUUGAAGAUUCAAAAAAUUGGGUAAUUUAGCUCCCUAUUCUGUUUUAAAAAAAAAAACUUGUAACAAUAUCACUGUAAUAAUAAAGUUUUGG